AUUACUUGUGGAUACGAUCGACCACCUGACCUACUUCAUGAAAUAGAUGUGUGAAGAGUUCCUUUGUGUUAGUUUUUUAACAUGAUGUGCAUUUUGACAUUACAAUUUUCUAUUUUCUCUUACAGUUGAGUGUUGUCAUUGCAGCAGGACUGGUUUUAGGAGAAGCUCUCCAGGUUCCAGAGAAGAACAGUAAGACGGUUCCAGGUUCUUUUCAUGGCAAUCUUGACAUUUAAAGUACACAUUAAAUCAUUCAAUGUUCACCUUGUAUAGAAAGGUCUGACUGACACAUUUUUUUCUUGCAUCUAUCUUUCAGGGUGGAAUCAGCUGACACAACAACAACAAGACCCUACACUGUGUUUUGAUUAUAUUGACGCCCAGUGUGCAAUAUCUGAAUGAGUGUGGAAAAACGUCGUGGGUCCCAGAUUAAUCUCAGUUGCUUACUGAUGACUGAGUUUCCAGUGAUGACUCCUCUGGCACUGGAGACUGGGAAAUCCUCUUUCAUCUUUGCAGAGAAACCACUGGAAAGAUCUUCCCCUAACCAUCAGCUAUUGAGGCUCAAACUCUCUCUGGACUCAGUGUGGCUGCAGCAGGGGAUGUGAUUUCUAAAAACAACUAUCCAGCCUACAGUGGAGAACAGUAAGAGGGUUUCAGAUUCUUUUCAGUGGCAACGUUGAUGAUUCAUGAGUAAAAGUAAGGAAAAAUCUUUCAAUCACAUUAAAGUUGUUAAUCAUGAAAUCUUCCUCGAGGACACUUUUGUGGGAAAACCGAAUGACUGUUAAUAUAAUUAAUCAUCUUCUGUAAAAGCAGAACAUGUUUUUGUGCUAUUUUUCUUGUAGGUUGUUGAUAAAUUCCUUCUUCCUUUCUUUUGUUUGUCACACAGGACUACCUCUUUCAUAGCAUUUCCUUUCAGUACAGGCAGAUUGCAGAUUCUUUUGAGGUGAUAUUUAAAAUGACCAUUCAGUGGUUGAGUGUUUAUUUGAACUCCAUUUAUGAUGGUCCUGCUACUGUCCCACCCACAUUCCUAAGUAGAUCCACCCUUUUGUUUUUAUGUGCACAUGGGACACUUACUUAGCCUGAACAACAGCACACCCAGUUUAAACCUGUUUGCAGGAAUAAGAGUAUAUAAUGCAUGCAUCCUCCUUAUCUGUGCAUUGAUCUGUGUGAAACUACAAUGAAACAAGCUUUAAAGUGACUGCAGCAGAAUGGUGUUACAGUACAUCUGAUCUCCAGCAACUGUUUUCUCACUCAACCCACUGCAAUACAUGGAUGACUAUUUGCUAACAUAUCUUAUUCUCAAAUUGCAUGUUUUUCAAAUGGGGGAUUGUUUAGUUUGUGUGUGUUCUGGAACACAUAAUUCCAAAGCCUGCGACUACUUACAUCUUGCCGGCAACUAAAUAUGUUCAAGUUAGUGUUAAAGGACCGUAUAUAGGUAGAAAGAUGGGCAGAGAGAUGCUUAGUUUGCCAGACACAGAUUCACAAAACCAUUUUUCUCUACUGACAGGUCUUGUGGGUGAGUGUUUUUGGGUUUGCCUCUAAGUAAUUGUGUCUUUUGGCCUUCAUUUUAUCAGUCUUUUUAUUUCUCAUAAAAGCAGCAGAAAAAGUAAACAGUUAAUCACAUGCAGGCGACAUGCAAGUUUUACCACCUAACAGAGAAUGUUCCCACAACACUGGCUAGCCUUACCUACAAGUUCUAAAAAUGUUUCAUUGAAAAUGUUUUUAGUCAAAUGCUUAAAUACCAUUUUCAGGUUAUUUAUCAUUUCCACUAACAUUCCAAUAAAGUUAAAAGCUAACAAAGCCCUUAAGAGGAUGUUUGGAGGGUGUAGCCAGGGCCACAGAUCAUGGUCUAUGAUAACCAAAGAAAAAUGUUCUCAAACCAACAUUCCACAAAUGUUUUCAAGAUAUUCUCAGAUAGUGGAACAUUUUCUGUAAAUUGCUUUGUGAUUCAUUAACAAAGGUGGAAGAUUUUUCCUGUAUUGUUCUGAGGAUGCUGAUGUUUUGGGGCUGCUGCUUGAAGUCACAUAUUAAAGAAUGUUCUUUUCUAAAACAUUACCACAAUGUUGUCCAAUGUUAUGUCACAAUACAACAGUGCAACAUUGGGAAAACCUUUUUAGAAUAUUAGGGCAUAAUGAUUUCACAAUGCAUUUAGCGAAAGAUAGAACUUUGCAGAACUUUGUCAGAAUGUUGGUAGAACAAAGAAAUAAUAAUAAUCCAGUCGGGUCAGUCACAGACUGGGCAAAACCAAGAGUUAUGAACAUCUCAAAAAGUCCACGCCGCCUCUGGGGACUGUCAUCCCACUGGUUAAAGCCGCUCGGCUGGCUGGUCAGGAACUCCUGGACAAACAGGUCCCAUCCAAAAAAGGUAUAUAUUGCAAUGAACGCAGGACACCAGGACAAGAGUUACCUCCUCGACCACUACGACCACAACAGAGACAAGGACCACUCAUACCUGCAGCACAUUGGGUUUCAAGGUUUCUCAUCAUCCACAACCAUGAUGAAAUUGCUGAGUGUUGCCAUUGUAGUCGGACUGGUUUUAGACAACAGUCUGAAGGUUCUCAGUGUAAUGCCCCCUCCUGAUGAUGAAAGAAGAUGCUGGACAGAGUGGUUUGACAGAGAUGACCCCUCUGGCAGUGGAGACUGGGAAACCCUCUCUGAUCUUCGCAAAGAAAACCCUGGAAUGAUCUGCCGCAACCCAUUUGCUAUUGAUGUCCAAAGUCUUGAUGGAGAAUCAGGGGAUGUGUUUUAUAGAAAUGAUCCAAAAACAGGAUUCGUCUGCAGAAACAAGGACCAACCUGGGAGGAAGAUGUGCAGUGACUACCGUGUUCGCUUUCUCUGCAAGCCCCCUUUCUGUGUUGGAGGUUUUGUAUGAGUACAUUCAACAUAUGGAAUGUUAAGCUGCUAAUGCAAAGUUGAUUUAUUCUCUUCUCAUUGUUUGUAUGCAAGAGUACUCAUUGAGAAUGGUGAUUUGGAUCUAUCUUGUUUGGCUAAUGUUGGAAACAAACUAAGAAUCAACAGCAAUAAAGCUACUAAUGAAUAACAAA